GCUCAUAGCUCUCUCCGGUGCUCACAGCGCCUCAGUGCUCCUCAAAACCAGGACCAAACUCCGGAGGUUUCGUUCCAUCGGUCUCCCGUCAGACCCGGAGAUCACCUGGACCCUCACACCUCCACGUCUGCUCUCUUUUUGCUGCUCUUGAGUCACUUUCUUCACAUUCCAGAAACUUCGGAACUUCUUCUUCUUGGAACACUUCACGUGAUUUUCUUUUUUUUUUAUCGCAGUUUUCCCGUCAUCACUUCACCCAUUUAGCAGCUGCGCACUUUUUCUUUGCACAACCAAGAAUUAUAGUCUUAUUUGUAGGAUUUUUUUUUUAAAUAAAAGCGUUAAAAUGGCAGGCAUGAACUCUCUGGACGCCGUGAAGAGGAAGAUUCAGUGUUUGCAGCAGCAAGCCGACGAAGCGGAGGACCGAGCGGAGUCUCUACAGAAAGAGUUGGACAAUGAACGGGAGCUCCGAGAGAAAGCUGAGGGGGAUGUAGCGGCUCUGAACCGUAGGAUCCAGCUGGUGGAAGAGGAGUUGGACCGCGCCCAGGAGAGGCUGGCCACAGCGCUGCAGAAGCUGGAGGAGGCGGAGAAGGCUGCAGACGAGAGCGAGAGAGGGAUGAAGGUGAUAGAGAACAGAGCCAUGAAGGAUGAGGAGAAGAUGGAGAUCCAGGAAAUGCAGCUGAAGGAGGCCAAACACAUCGCAGAGGAGGCCGACCGAAAAUACGAGGAGGUGGCCCGUAAGCUGGUGAUUUUGGAGGGCGAUUUGGAGAGGGCCGAGGAACGGGCCGAGGUCUCAGAAAGUAAAGCCAGCGACCUGGAGGAGGAGCUCAAGAACGUGACCAACAACCUCAAGUCCUUAGAGGCCCAAGCUGAAAAGUACUCAGAAAAAGAGGACAAGUACGAGGAGGAGAUCAAAGUUUUGACUGACAAACUGAAGGAGGCUGAAACCCGUGCAGAGUUUGCCGAGCGGACGGUGACCAAACUGGAAAAGUCCAUCGAUGAUCUGGAAGAGAAAUUGUCGCACGCCAAAGAGGAAAACGUGAGCAUGCACAAAGUCCUGGACCAGACCCUGCAGGAACUGAACAGCUUAUAAACCCCCCGAGGAGGAGGAGGAGGAGCCAGUCGCCAUCAUUCCCUUAAAUGUUCGACUCCAUUCCACAUAUGUAAAGCUCCCCACGGAAAGCGGGGUUUUUAACUUAAUGCUCGUCCCUUAAUGUCUUUUUGUUUUUAAGAGUAUGGGGGCAUGUUUGUUUUUUGUUUUAACAUCCAGCUGUGAUUAGAUUCUUUCCACUUUGUCACCCGGAGGGGACUAAAGCAAUAAAUCGGCCCAAAGACCCCCCCCCCCCCCCCCCCCCCCCCAAUCAGCUCCAUUUUUUACGUCUACGUCAUCAUCGCCCCGACCGAUGGCUUUGAUUCACACACGUUGUUCCGCUCUGAGAUGUUUUUGGGGGAUUUCUGAGCGAAGGUGCAGCAGGAAAACCCCUGAAAUCAGCUCAAACCCUGGUGGGUCAGACGCUCGGCGGUCCUGACGGAAGCGUCUGGGUCGCACGGCGUCUGCGGCGUGAGUGAGACGUCCCGUCCGUUUGAAGGGGACUCUGCACGUUUACAUCGACCCGCCAUGUGAGACGGACCCCGCACCCCUCCGUCCGUCAUUCUAGUAGAACCCCGACCCGCCAGAAGACUCACUCUAGUUUUUAUCAGUCACAAUAAAUAUUGUACAUAAUAGAAAACCAUGUUAGAAAGUGGAGGUUUUUUCAAUUUUUAUUUUAAAGACACUUCCUUCUGCCAGGGAAGCUCUAAAGACCAAAGAACAGAAACGGACGACUCUUCAAAGAUUUUAUUUUUGUUGGUGAUGGUCAUUCUGACUAUGAAACGUUUCAUUCAACUCCCCCUUCAUGUCGAUUUAAUAAAUGUUUUGCAGAAGUCUG